GAAGACUGUGGGUCCCGCAGCAGCAGCAGCAGCGUUAGCUUCCUUCCUCCGUGGAGUGUUUGUAGAGAGGCUGAUGAUGUGUGAGUGUUUGCAGGGAGAAUGUGUUCAGUCCAGCUUCAAGGAGAGUUUAUCAGCGAGCAGUUAACUCCUGCUGAAGAAACAUUGACGGAGGUUAAAGGAAGAGAGAAAAGGCCCAAAGUGGAGAUGGACGAUCAGCACAGACUGCUGGAUUUCACCAGGAUCCCCCAGAUCAUCUUACACCGGAUAGACCGCCUGCAGGAUUAUGUUGGAAAAGAAGAGGUUUUCUCUGAGCAGCAGUUCUCUGAACAGGAGAGGAAUUGCAGUUUGGACCAAGCAGAACCAGAACCUCUGCAGAUAAAAGAAGAGCAGCAACAGCCAGAACAUCCCUGGAUAAAAGAGGAAACCAUGGAGCUCCACAUAAGUGAGCACGAAGAGCAGCUUGUUGAGACUGGAGAUACAGAAAGGAACCCUUUCCCAUGUUUGAGAUGUGGAAAAAGGUUUCUAAAAAAACAAUAUCUAAUGGUUCACAUUAGAACUCACACAGGUCGGAAGAUUCACAAAUGUUGGUCUUGUGGAAAAAGGUUUACCGGAAAACAAUAUCUUGCUAGACACAUGAGAAUUCACACAGGUGAGAAGUUGUUCUCCUGUGCUCAUUGUGGCAAAAGUCUUACUACCAAACAUAGCCUGACUUGUCACAUCAGAAUUCACAGAGGUGAGAAGCCUUUUAAAUGUGUGUCCUGUGGAAAAAGCUUUACCCAUAAAGGUAUUUUUGAUAGACACAUUAGAUUUCACACAUGUGAGAAGACGGUCUCCUGUACUCUUUGUGGCAAAAGUCUUGCUAACAAACAUAACCUGGCUUCUCACUGGAGAAUUCACAGAGGUGAGAAGCCAUUUAAAUGUGUGUCCUGUGGAAAAAGCUUUACCCAUAAAAGUACUCUUAAUGGACAUAUCAGAUUUCACACAGGGGAGAAGCCAUUCUCCUGUUUCCUCUGUGGCAAAGGUCUUUUUAACAAACAUAUCUUGACUUCUCACAUAAGAAUUCACACAGGUGAGAAACCUUUCGAAUGUUUGUCAUGUGGAAAAAGCUUUAUCCAAAAAGGCUCUCUUGAUAAACAUAUCAGAAUUCACACGGGUGAGAAGCCUUUUAAAUGUGCGUCCUGUGGAAAAUGCUUUACCCAAAAAGGCUCUCUUGAUAAACACAUGAGAAUUCACACAGGUGAGAAGCCUUUUAAAUGUGAGUCCUGUGGAAAAAGCUUUACUCAAAAAGGCAAUCUUGAUAAACACAUCACAAUUCACACAGGUGAGAAGCCUUUUAAAUGUGGGUCUUGCGGAAAAAACUUUACUCAAAAAGGCCAUCUUGAUAAACACAUCAGAAUUCACACAGGUGAGAAGCCAUUCUUUUGUACUCUUUGUGGUAAAACUUUUACCAGAAAGAGUGGCUUCACUUCUCACAUGAGAAUUCACAGAGGUGAGAAGCCUUUUAAAUGUGGGUCCUGUGGAGAAAGCUUUACCCAAAAAAGCGCUCUUACGAAUCACAUCAGAAUUCAUACAGGUGAGAAGCCAUUCUUUUGUACUCUUUGUGGUAAAAGUUUUACCAGAAAGAGUGGCUUCACUUCUCACAUGAGAAUUCACAGAGGUGAGAAGCCUUUUAAAUGUGGGUCCUGUGGAAAAAGCUUUAACCGAAAAGACACUCUUGAUAAACACAUCAGAAUUCAUACAGGUGAGAAGCCAAUCUUUUGUACUCUUUGUGGUAAAAGUUUUACCACAAAGAGUUGCUUCACUUCUCACAUGAGAAUUCACACAGGUGAGAAGCCUUUUAAAUGUGAGUCCUGUGGAAAAAGCUUUACUCAAAAAGGCAAUCUUGAUAAACACAUCACAAUUCACACAGGUGUGAAGGCGUUCUCUUGUACUCUUUAA